AUGGAAGCCGCAGUGUUGAAUCUCCAAAUGAUGGCGGACGUCAAUGGCAACAAUAAGGUUCUAAAUGCGGAGCUGGAGGUUAAAAAGCUUCAGGAACUCGUCCGAAAACUGGAGAUGCAAAACGAACAACUGAGAACAAGAGCAAAUGCUGCUAACAAUUGCACCUCCAGUUCCCACGUAUUUCAGUCAUCGGCCUGUUUACUCGGUAGCCCAGCUGGUGCAGACGCCAGUCCGUUUUUUAAAGGGAAUUACUGCACAUCAUCUCCAAUAUCGACUGCCUCAUACACACCAGCUUUUGGACCGUAUGCAUCCGAAGAACACUUUGCUUACUUUCAUCCGCAAUCAGUGAAAGAUGCUGAGGUCCAAGACACAGAACCAACAGUACUGGAUGAGGUUGAAAUUCUAGACCUUGAGACUAUACUUCCAAUCGAUGGCGAGUCUGAGGAUAGCUGGUUAUAUGUGUCCCCAAAAGCAAGGCUGUAUACUCAUUUCUUCCCAAGCCCUCUGCAGUGGUGCAGACAAGUGUUGGAUAACCCCAGUCCCGAGGUGGAGGUAGCCAAACGUUCGUUAUGUCACAGAAUUGAUCAAGCCAAAAGGUGGAGGGGGGUCUUCUCUGGAUCUGUGUUCCCUGUCACCUCUUACAGCCAUGCAGAUGGACUCUCUUCAUUAGGCAGCUCCAUUAAGCCCUAUACUAAACCCUCACUAACAGACUCAACAGCUCCAUCUUCUCCACCCAGACAUGUUCAGCCCCAGCAGACUCUCAGUGGGAGAGGCUGUUUCAGCCUAGCAGAGAGGGCUCCCACAUUCCUCCAUAACUCUGCUCCACCCAGUUACAGUAACAGACCUGCUCCCACCAGCCCCCAGUCCUCCAUAGACGAGCUCAGUUUCUCAGAGCUGGAGGAAGACUCUAUCUCCAUGAGCUACAAGCUGCAGGACAUGACUGAUGUGGAAGUCAUGGCCCGACUGCAGGAGGAGAGUCUCAGACAAGAAUAUGCCACUACCUCAGCGACAGCCAGUCGCCGAAGCUCCAGUUUCUCCUUUCACUCAGGCAUGCGGAGAGCUGCGUUCAGCGAGGCGAACCUGGAGGAGGAGGAUGAGGAGGAGUACGACCAGCUCCUUCCUCCCCGACCACGCCUCUUCUGCCCUGGCUCCAUGCAGCGCAGUCUGUCCCACUCACAGACCUUCUCCAGUAUCAGAGACUGCCGUCGUAGCCCUUCCACCCCCCAACACCUCAACAGCCUCUCUUACCAGCAGCUGUGUAGCCCCAACACAGCCAAGUACACGCCAGAGACACACCGGCCAAGCACAGAUAAACUGCGAAGGAGCAUGCCCAACCUGAUAAGAGCCCCCAGCAUGUCCAGUGUUCCCAGUGUCCCCACUGGUGCUGGUCCAGUUAGUCACAUAGGCUCCCCAACAUCCCUACGCAAUAGCCAGAGCUUCGACUCAUCCAAUGGACUCUCCAGGCUACAGUCUGCAAUUCCCUCUCCGGGUCAGCUACAGCAGCGUGUGCAGAGUGUGGGUAAUUUUUCCAUGGCUACGCGGCCACCUCUCAAAGCCACAGCCUACGUCAGCCCGACAGUCCAAGGUUCCACGACAGUACCGACAUCUGUGAGCUUACACUCCAUCACCAGCAGUAGUAUCCCGCUCCCAAACAAACCCAGCUUUCCCACCAAUCGCAGUUCUCUACCUCGCCCAGCCUCCUUCAUCGGGACCGGCAUCACCCCCCGAAGUAAAGUAGCUCAGCCAACUCGGAGUUUACUGACACCCCCAAAGAGUGUGUCAUCUCUGAGCACCUUAAGGGAUGGAAGCUGGAAAGAUGGAUGCUAUUGA